CUCACGAGACUUGUCUUAGACGGCAACCACCUCGGCGACGUCGGGGCAACGGCGUUAGGAGCGAUGCUGAGCAGAAACCAGUCGCUCUCCCUCCUCUCCCUCUGCGACAACUGGAUCGGACCGGAAGGCUCGACCGCGCUAGCGGAGGGGAUGAAAGGGAACGAGGGGAUAGAGACUCUUCGUCUUAACGGCAACGUCAUCGGCAAUCAGGGCAUGCCUGCCUUCCUCGACCUCCUCGGCUCCUCCCCCAGCUCGCGCUUGAGCUGCUUGGAGCUGAGCGGCAACGCCAUCGGGCAGGCGGGCGUGCGAGUGCUGGCGAGGGCGCUGGUGGACAACUCGCGCCUGACCCGGCUGGACCUGAGCCACAACCUGCUGGGAGCUGACGGGGCUGCCUACCUGCGCAAGGGGCUCGAGAGAAGCGUCGGGCUGCGAGAGCUGCUGCUGGACCGGAACAUGCUGGGAGACUCAGGCUUCAUGCAGGUGGCG